AUUUUCAAAGUGUGCGGUUGUGCGCAUGCCUGGAGCGUGCCGCCGGCAUAAAUAGCGCGCGGCGGCCCUCGGCGGCCAGUCAGGUGCCCGCCACCGCACAGUCAUGACAUCACACGUACUCGCGCUCGCCUUCCUACUGCACGCGUGCACAGCGCUGGCGUGGCCGGGCGCGGCGUCGCGCAGCGUGGACGCCUAUCUGGACUGCGGUAGAGUCAGAGGCGUGCAGCGCUCCGCUCAUGGCUUCAAGUUCGCCAGCUUCCUAGGAGUGCCCUACGCUAAGCAGCCCAUUGGAGACCUAAGGUUUAAGGAGCUCGAACCUCUAGAACAUUGGGAUGAUGUGUUCAACGCCACAAGUGAAGGACCCAUCUGCUUCCAAACAGACAUAUUAUACGGGAGGAUCAUGGCGCCCAGCGAGAUGAGCGAAGCUUGCAUAUACGCCAACAUUCAUGUUCCACUGCACGCCCUCCCAGAGUUCACAGACCGACAGAGGGACUGGACACCUGGACUGCCAAUCUUAGUAUUCAUACAUGGUGGAGGAUUUGCCUUCGGCUCCGGCCACCAAGAUCUACACGGACCAGAAUAUUUGGUCAGCAAGAACACCAUCGUCAUCACAUUUAAUUACAGAUUGAACGUCUUCGGUUUCCUAUCCAUGAAUACGACAAAAAUCCCCGGCAACGCUGGUCUCCGAGACCAGGUGACCUUGUUGCGCUGGGUGCAAAGAAACGCUAAGCAUUUCGGAGGAGACCCCAACAACGUCACUAUAGCGGGGCAGAGCGCUGGUGCAGCAGCCGCGCAUCUAUUGACUCUGUCUAAAGCUGCUAAAGGUCUUUUCAAAAGAGCAAUUUUGAUGAGCGGAACAGGAAUAAGCUCAUUCUUCAGCAUGUCUCCAGCUUACGCGGCUCACAUUUCGAAUCAAUUGCUGUUUGUCCUUGGCAUCAAAGAUACGGACCCCGAGGAAAUACAUAGGAAGCUCAUCGACCUACCAGCAGAGAAACUCAGCGAUGCUAACGCCGCUCUACUGGAACAAUUUGGCCUGACAACCUUCGUCCCUACUGUGGAAUCCCCACUACCUGGAGUUACAACCAUUAUUGACGAUGAUCCAGAAAUUUUAAUAGCUAAAGGACGCGGCAAGAACAUUCCUCUCUUAGUAGGAUUUACCAGCACAGAAUGCGAGACAUUCCGCAAUCGACUAAUCAACUUUGGUUUCGUCAAUAAGAUUAAGGACAAUCCUGCAAUCAUAAUACCGCCCAGAGUUUUAUUAAUGACACCACCACAGCUAGUGAUGGAUUUGAAAGAGUCUAUUGAGAGAAGGUACUAUAACGAUUCAAUAAGUAUAGAUAACUUUGUGAAAUCAUGUUCGGAUGGCUUCUAUGAGUACCCUGCAUUGAAACUGGCGCAAAAACGUGCUGAGACUGGUGGAGCUCCACUGUACUUGUACCGGUUCGCGUACGAGGGUCAGAGCAGCAUCAUCAAGGAGGUAAUGGAGCUGGACUACGAUGGCGCUGGCCACAUUGAGGACCUGACCUAUGUAUUCAGGACGAACUCUGUAGUUGAAGCGCCGGGCGCAACUGCGCCAUCUAAGGAUGACGUGAAAAUGAAGAAUCUAAUGACGAGCUACUUCGUCAACUUUAUGAAGUGCAGUAAACCGAUCUGCGAAGACAAUAACUCAUUGGAGAAGUGGCCGGCGGGCGACGGCAUGCAAUACGAAGACAUUGUGUCCCCCGACAUGGUCAGAUCCAAGGAGUUCUCCUCCAGACAGCAGGACAUCAUCGAAUUCUUCGACAGCUUGACCAGUGGGAGCCAGCUUUAAUCAUAAGACUGAACUUUUGUCCUUCGUGUAAAUAUGUUGUUAAUAGUUAAGGGUUCAAAGUGCAGUGAGUGUUUGAAAUAAGAUCUUAGACGAUCAAAGUUUGAACCUACGACAUAAGUGUACAAUAUUUUCAGAUAAGUGUUGCUGUUGAUACUUUAAUUUGCAUUAAUUUAUUUAGAUUAAGGUUGAUGUCACAAAUCUAGUCGGUUACUUAAGUAAUUUCUUGCCAACAUUGGUCUAACACCCUUUUCGUAGAACUGCAUAAAAUAUUAUUUUUUCUAUGUAUUUUGAACUGUAAUUGUAAAUUUCAUCUUAUGCAAUAUGUUGUGCUAUUUACAUGAUUAGCAAUGCUGCUCUGUAUGAGAAGAGGCCAAUGCCCAGCAAUAUGAAAGUACAAAGGCCGAUGAUGUUGAAUAGGCUUAGAAAUUACUGUACUAUUACUACACCGAUGACAUACUCGUACUAAUAUAGAAAUCUUUGUGAUAUUCGAUAUCAGCGAGAACAAGAUAACUUUAGUUUUACGAUACGGAUUUACCGUUAGGAACAGCUAGACUUUCUUUAGACCUAGUAAUGUUUUACGAAGCAAUUGUAAUAAAACUUGGGCCUUAAUAAAGAUUACUCGUAGAUCCAGUAUUACGACUAACCUUUGUUAGUGCCAGGAAGAUUGAUCUCAUAAAACUACACUAGGCUAUAGAUAACAAUCCGCCCGCAAUUUACUUUUAAGUUAAUAUAAGUUAUUUUCAAAAUGAUAAGUUUGUACAAACAGCUGCAGAUCACGAGACAACAUUCAAAUGAUUUUUCUAUCUCCGCAUUCAAUAGUUAAUUUACUAUCGUGAGUCAUGUGUCUUCACGAGCGUCCAUCAAUUUUUACGAAUUUCUGUAAAUAAGGAAUUCGUUCUUAGGCAAAGGCAAAAUAGUCGACACUAGAUAAGAUGCACGAUGCUACUAUCUAGAUACAUACAUAUUAGCUCCAUAAAUGAACUUUUUAUUACUAAACCAUCCUUAUUCGUUAACUGUUAUAAUGAAUGUCUCGUGAUCGAAGCACUCAAGAUGCGUAAUGAAGCGACUGAUGUAACGUAUGUAUUAUAAUUUAAGUCAAUUUACUAUUAGUUUUCAACGCCUUUGUAAAUAUUUCACUUUCUAAUAUAAUUUUUGCAUUCCGCACAAUGACGCCAGAGUACAAUGAUCGGACACGAUCGCGUGGCGUUGCAUUCAAUGAUUCAAAUAAAUAAUUGCGACGGACGGACGUGGA